UGAAUUCAAACUAUAAGGCAGGUUUCCGCUGCAUGAGGGCGGAGCGUCCUGUCACAACAAUCAGUCAGCUUCCUCCGGGUUGUAGGAGCACUUCUGAGGGCUACACUGGUUUAGUCUCUUAAGAAGCUGCUAGUCCAAUUAACCCAGAGGGGGAGGAAAUCCACGCAUUUAAAGUCGCCGCUCGCGGCGAGGAGUAUGAGCCCUACCGAGGUGUAUGAUGACAUGAACCGACAGCCCGCUAUCAACUGCACAGGAGUUGGACCGCGAGCGGCGCGCGCGCAGUGACAUGAGAGCGGCGUUCUUCACUUCCAACCGCAGCUGGUUAUAAACGUAUUUUCCUUGCUUGUUGUAUUUUAAGCUGGUUUAAGCUCCACCAGAGACGCUACAGUCAGGCGGACUUUUUUUAUUUUUAUUUUUAACAACCUCAAAGUGUCCGCCUCAACAUGGACACCUUCACCGAUGUGCUGCUCGUCACCGCAAACGUCGGUUCGCUCUUCAACAAUGUGGAUGACAUCCAAAAUGGAUGGUUAGAAGAACUGUAUAAAACAAUCCAGAAAUACAAGCCACAGUUCAUCGCCCUGCACUUCCAGGAGGUGGGUGGAAAGGACUACAUGGUCAACAUGGACAAGGCAGAAAACUUCUUUUGUAACAUAGAGUCCAGUGAGGAAAUGAAAGAGUUCAACAGGAGUUGCAUUUAUGUGGACACCCGGUUCCAGGCAGAGGACAACUUUACGGCUUUGGGCUGCAUGUACUUUAUCCACAGGACACUGAAAAACGUCUAUCAUUAUGACUUUAAUGUUAAGGAUUUUAAAGCCGUGGUGGGACAGACCAAGUAUGUGGGCUCACUGGACGGCGUGGCCACCGUGGAGAAAGAAAAAUUCCCAAAAGAUUUCUGGCCUGAUUUCAAGUGGUCCAGAAAGGGCUUCAUGAGGACCCGCUGGAUCAUCCACAACCAGGGCCUCGACUUGGUCAACAUCCACCUAUUUCAUGAUGCCUCCAACCUCAUUGCCGUCAACUCCAGUCCAUCCAUUUACUCAGCCAACCGCAAGAACGCCCUCAGAUAUGUAAUCAACAGGAUAUCAGACAGCCGCUACACUGCGUUACCUUUCUUCCUGUUUGGUGAUUUUAACUUCCGUUUGGACUCACAGGCAUUAGUCCAGCAUCUGACUAUUGAAGCAGAUGUUGUAAAAGACAGCAAUUUUGAAGUGGAGAAAAUUAUAUUUGAAGAAAAAGACAACGACCACCAGGUGCUGCUGCAGAUCGAGGAGAAGCUGUUCGAAUACGUGCACCAGGCUGUUUUCAGGAAGGACAACGGUAGAGCGCUUUUAAAAUAUGACAAAGAAGUCAUGUCCUUUCAUGAUGUCACCAAGGAGGAGGAAAUCACCUUUCCACCCAGCUACCCAUACAGUGAGGACCAUCAACAGCCGAAACAGUACAUGAACACUCGCUGUCCCGCCUGGUGCGAUCGUAUCCUCAUGUCUCAUGCUGCCCACAGUUUCAUCAACCGGAGAGACGAUGAUGAAGGAAAGGGUGUUGUUUACAACACAAUUGGUCCUAAUGUCUGCAUGGGGGACCAUAAGCCUGUUUUCCUGUCCUUCUCGCUGAAGACAAAUAACCAUUGACUCCGAUUCUUCUCAAUGGUGUUCAGCCACAUCGUAGUUUGGGCAAUCUGAGGAUUCCCACCUUCUGGAACUGGGUCGUCUUCUUCCUGCAUUGCUCAGCCCGGCCUGACCUAUGAGCCCUCUGCUCUCAUGUCACUGAUACCUCUUAGCUGCCGCUUUGUCCACACUUGUUUAAUCUAAUUCAUCACUGAUUUUCUUUGGAGUUUCUGCUUGCAGCCAUGUGAAUGACUCAUUCAAUUCCUUCUAGCUCCAAACAUAAUCAUUAAUUAGCGCAGCCCUUCACUGUUGUCAAAAAGCAUCUUCCAAACAUUGAAGAUAUUCUUAAUAUAGAACCAGGACCACUUUUUUUGUUAGUUUCUUCUUUCAGAACUGUGGUGAAGCCUUUUUUAAAUAUUUAAAAUGGAUUGUAUAUUUCUUAUCAGGUACUUUAUGUCAGACAUACAGACUAUCCUGUUAUAUAAUACCCUCUACUGAUGCAGAAAAACACCAGAGGAAGAACGCUGCAUAUUCACCAUCCUGUUAGGCUGAUAUUUUCCUCAGAUCUACCUUCAGGACAGAAGAGUAACAUAACUGAGACAUAACACUAGACAGACAGAUAAAUCUAAGCUGUCCAGAUCUGUUUUUAUCUCCUGUAUAUGAAGGGAGAUAGAGCCAGGUGAAAAAAAACAAGUGUUUUCUCCCUUCCUGAGUUGUUUUUUUUGUCACAAGUUUCAGAUCAUUUAACAGAUCUUUAAUAUCAGACACAGACAACCUGAGUAAGUUUUAAGCUAGCAGGAUAUGUUCAUUGAAUGGAGUUUGGUUUUAUUAAUAUCUGGGAAAACCAAACCUCUUUACUUCUGACUUUGUUUUAAAGGACAAAAAGCUAAAUAGGUAGGAUAAAAUAAUUUCACACAUUUUAUCUUUGAUUUGACUUAUUAGACCUUCAUUUCUACAUUUUCUGCUUUGGUAUUUUAUGUCAUAUUACUGUUUAGUCUGUAGACAACUUAAAAUUCAUGAUUUAUGGGAACAGAUUUUUAGGAUCUGGGAAUGAACGGACCCAAGUCUAGCUUAUUCGAACUCAGCUUCUAAGAAGGUUGCUAAUUACAGUCUAAAGACAAUAAAACAUGGAGGGGCGAUUGUUUUCUGAUCAUGGUUUGUUUGCAUUAUGUUUUUUUGUUGAGGUUGUUAUUUAAAAACUGAAUUUUGGUGACUCUGGUCUUCUUGAUCAGGUAUCAAUGUUAGAUGAAAGCAGAGGAAAUCUGUAGGUAAGGCAAAGACUCCCAGAUGCACUCUAAAAUCCUCUUUUUAACUGACAGUGACAUGCUCUCUAUGUCCAACCUGUACAUAAUACCAAGUGCUUUAUCCCCCAGCAUGUAGCCCAGCACUUCUCAGUUUUUUCCCUAUUACCUGCACUUGCUCCGGGGCUGCAUCUGCCACAGCUGAUGUCUCAUUUUUUUCAUCUGAAAAAUGUUAUCUUUCUCCCAUGUUAUGUUUACCUAUGACUUUGUUGUUUUUUUUCUUUUUUAAUUCCCUGACUUGACUGAAACCUCACAGAAUACUGUUUUUGCAGCCUGUACACAACACAUGCACCUAAAUGUAAAGCAUGAGGCACUGUUUAAAUGUUUCUCUUUUCAUAAAUUUAGUUUAUUGUGCAUGCUGUAGAUCUAAUGCUGUUAUAUAUAUUUUAGAUGUGCAUGUUUCCUUUUAUACUGGCUUUAAAAACAAUAUCUCACUGCUACUUUCUGUGUUUUGCUUAUUUAGUGAGAGAUGCAAAAAGACUCCUGAGGAAUCUGAACAGUCUAUAUUUUUAAAUAUUAGCAGAAGGGACGUUUUAAUAUGUAUCAUGCUUCCAUCAUCUGAACUGAACCAGUGUAAUUUAAUGUAAUGUUGUGACAGGAGUGGAGUUGUUUGGAAGGCCAGUAUUACCUUUAGUUAGCUCUAGUCAGACACUACAUGUUUAUUUUACUUUGACUUUUGGAAAUAAAGCGUGACCCAAGAAAAAA